AUGGUUUUCUAUAAAGUUUAUUCUCAAGAACGUCGUAUUCGUUAUUUCGCUCGUCCAUGUUCGACUGCUAUUUUGUUUCAAAUAAGUUGUCUUUUUCUUACUUUUCUACCACCAUUAUUUACUGGUUAUUUUACAAGUGGAUUUUAUUAUAAAGAAUUAACUUAUAGUGAACAAGCUAAUGUAACAUUUCUUGAAGAAUAUCAUUUAAUUAUUGAUUCGAUAUCGUCACUUCGAUUUUCUUCAUCUGAUGCACGUUUAAACAAUUAUUUUGGUUCAAGUUAUUAUCCAGGUAUUCUUAGAACUUAUUUACCACGAGAUGUUGAUGAUGAUGGUAUCAAUGAUCAACACAACAUAACAUUAACUGUAAUUUUACCAAGUACUAUUUCAGAUCAAAUUAUCAAUCUUUGGCUUCAAUUUCAAUAUUCACUCAAUCGAUAUCCGUUAAUGAAGAUGAAAACACUUGGAUUAAUAUCACUUAAAGCUCCUUCAUUGUUAUCAGCAACCAGUAGUAAAGUAACUGUCUAUGGACAACUUCGUUUUCAUCAACGUGAACCAAUAUUAAGUUAUGAAAAUUAUUCAUCUCUUCAAGAUCCAAUUAUAGAUUUUGGAACUUAUUCACUUGUGCCAUCAUUUGAUGAUAUAUUAGAUAAAUAUAGUUCUCGUAAUUAUUUUACAACAUUUGAUCAACAAUAUGUUCAAUGGUCAUCAUCACCUUCAACCAGCAGUUUCGUACAAUUAACAAUUAAUGUUAUUGUUAAUAUAGGUCCACAAGUAUAUCGUUAUGUACCAAGUUUUUGGAAAGAAUUUCGUUGGUCAUGGAUUCAAUAUUUUACUAGUUUAUUACCAUUUUUUUAUAUUGCCAAUAAAGUAAAAGAAUUUGUAUUUAGUAAUGGACUUGUACGAACUGUUAUUAGAAAAUUUCCUUAG